AUGAACCAAGUGCCAGACAAGUCCCACUCUUCCCCUAAACACAAAGAUGAGAAGAAGAGCAGUAAGUCUCCGGAGAAGCCAGAGAAGAAGCCUCUGGAAAAACAUGGCAGCCACAAGAGUCUUCAGCGGGAAGGGGAAGUUGCAGAAGGCUCAGUCAGAAGCCAGGAUGCCGGAGUGCCCUGCUUGGACUUCCACGUCACGCGUCGUGAAAAGGUGUUUAGGAGGAUCCUGAAGAGCAAGAAGCUGACACCACCAAAGCAGAUCCUGCACUCUCUGGGACUGGGACCUCCCAUUCCCCCUGGCUCUCUUUUCUCUGUGGUCCCCUACCCAGAGGAGGACAGAGUCCCCACAGCAACAGAAGACCUCAGACACUUCAUCCUUGUUGAACCUGAGGGUGCUGCUGCAGAAGAUGAUGUGGCCCCAGAGGCAGAGGCACAGGACCACUUGAAUGAGGGGAAAGCCACGAGCAGACACAAGUCUAGCAAGGAAAAGCCAAACUCCCCCCAGAGCCCGAAAAGUCUCCAGGAUCACUCCCCAGAAACACCCCGAAGUUCACCUGAGCCAAUGAAAAGCCAACUGCAGAGUGACUCAACCCUCGAGAGACCUGCCAGGCUGAGAAGGUUCCGCUGGAUCGUUCCUGCCCACGGCGAGGUGGAACUGAAGAUCCGCUUCAGCCCCACAGUGCCAGGGCAGUUUGACCAGCUGAUGAACUUUGAGAUCCUGGGCUCAAAGCGCCUGUACCAGUUGCCCUGCAGUGCCACUGCCCUGUACCCCAGCAUCAGCCAGAACCCACGGCUGGUGUUUCCUCGCUGGAGGAAGAGCAAGGAGAAGGAGGACAUCAUCUCGAAGGAAUAUGUCAUGAGCAUGAAGCAGUUCCACUUUGGACCGCUGCUUUGUGGCAAGUCAGGAGAGUGGUAUGUGCUCCCUGCUCCCAAGUGA